AUGUCUGACUGUGCAAUUCCGACGGUGGAUCUUUCUGUGUUCUUCCAAAACGGCGAUGAGGAAAGCAAGAAGGCGGCGAAAGCCAUAAUCAGCCGCGCCUGUUCUGAAUACGGCUUCUUUCAGGUUGUAAACCAUGGGAUACCGCUGGAGCUUAUGAGCCGAGCCAUGGAGCUUACCAAGACAUUUUUCGCGUUGCCAGAGGAGGAGAAGAUCAAGUACAGACCUAUAUCCGGCGCGCCAGUUCCAGCCGGUUAUGGGAAGCAGCCGGCACACUCUAGUGAUAAGAAUGAAUACUUACUGAUGCUUCCACCUCAGUCCAGUUUCAGUGUUUUGCCCAAUGACCCACCUGGGUUCAGGGAAGUACUUGAAGAGAUGUUCAACAAUUUCAGCAAGACAGGUAAAGUUGUGGAGAACAUUUUGAACGAUUGCUUGGGUCUUCCUCCUAAUUUUCUCAAGGAAUACAACGAUGACAGAACCUGUGAUCUUAUGUCGGCUAAGCGGUACUUCCCAGCAACAGAAACUGAAAACAUUGGGAUAUCCGAACACGAAGACUCUAAUUGUGUCACUUUUAUUUUUCAAGAUGAAGUUGGAGGUCUUGAGGUUCUUAAGUACGGAGAAUGGAUUCCAGUUGUUCCUGUUAAAGGCACGAUAGUUGUCAAUGUAGCCGAUGUUAUUCAGGUCUUAUCUAACAGUAAGUUCAAGAGUGCAACUCACAGAGUUAUAAGAUCAAAGGGAAGAAGUCGUUACUCGUUUUCCUUUUUCUAUGACUUGCAAGGAGACAAAAGAGUUGAACCAUUACCGUAUUUCACAGAACAUAUUGGAGAACCACCGAAAUAUAAACAAUUCGUGUACAAGAGUUAUCAAGCGUUGAGGAUAAGAAACAAGACUCAUCCACCACAGAGGCCCGAAGAUGUGAUCAACAUAAGUCAUUAUGCAAUUUCCCCACACAAUAAUCAAGUUAUACACUAG